AAUAAUAGGAACAUUCUCCGGUCGAGGACAGGCGCAACAUCCUAUAAAUAACUUAUCGUCUGCAAAUAUAUAGGCCAUUUCUAUCAAAUUAAUUACAGAACCUGAUAAUAUAUCAAUUUCCUUCAUUGACUGCUGCCCGUCAUUAGUAUUCCCGUAUAUUUGGCCGUCCCAUAGUCUUAGAGAAUUCGAGGCGCAACCAUGAAGCUCAUACUCUCAACAUCGAAUAUCAUGAGUGGCGGCCCAUCUGUCAUCCCAAGACUGACCAGCGAUAAAUCAAACGUCGAAUUAUUGGACGCCCUCCGCUCCAACUUCGUCGCAGCCCAACAUAUCGAACCCUCACACUCCAACGGCCCCUCGCACGACAUCCACGACGUUCCACAGAAACUCUCAUACAGCGAUUAUACCACCUGGACCUCUAAACAAGGAGAUACCCUCUACGUGCCCGCGAUCGAUUUCUCAGAACCAGGCCUGACCGAAGACCGCGACCAGUAUGACAUCACCGUCAAGCUCUUCUACCUGCCGGGGAUCCCAACCUCGCGCCGCUGCGCGCAUACCCGGGAAGCAAUUGACCUCGUCCUGAAGACACUACACGUCAACUCCAUAGACCUGCUUAUCGUCUCGUUCCCCGGCAUAUCGUUCGAUGCAGACGACUCGAGCGAAGAGGAAAUAUCAGAUGGCGAUGCCAACGGCAACAACGAGGCGGCGCGACCAAGCACCGGACCAGAAAUGGACGGCAUAAUCCAAACAUGGCGGGUCCUCGAAUGCCUCAAGGAAGAAGGCAUGAUAUCCCAGCUGGGCCUCUCAGAGUUUGACAGCGAGCGGCUAGCGAAGUUCCUCCCGCACACCAAGGUUCGGCCCGCGGUCGACCAGAUUAACGUCAAGGAUUGCUGCGUCGUGCCGAAACCAUUGAUUGUGUUUGCGAAGAAGGAAAAUAUUAAGCUGCUGACGCAUAAUGAUUGCACUGACAUCCUCCCGCCGGGUACGACGCGAGACCUCCUUGCGCGCGGGGAGACGGGGGCGGGGAUUCUGGCGGCCAGCGCAACGGCGGAUGAUGGUGGGUUGGAGGGCGAUAUUGUGCCGCAGUGGGUUGUGAAGUAUACCGCUGUGGUGAAGGAUCGCGGCGUGAUUGAAAAUAAGGGCUAUUUUGCGCUAGCGGAGGUAGGAGAAUGUAUUCGCGAGGGUGAGUGAGUAAAUUGUAUUAAAUAUUGUGUAGUGGGAAGAGUGUUUGGUUUCCAAGCGCUGAGCGUUGUUGUCUCUUCUGUCCUUCCUUUUCUUUCUCUUGUGUAAAUAAAUAACUCCCAACCGCCUCAUGCAAGUCUCCGCGGUGGUUCGUUCAGCAUGGCGAAACAUGUAACUUAAGGACAUUUUGGUUUUGAGUUAUCUUUUUUCCUAUUUUAAAUUAUUAUUCCCCUCUUCGGGCUGCUCUUCUUCUGGGAAAACAAGUUAAAAAAUAAAUUAAAAAAAUAAAACGAAGUAAUGAAUAUGAUGUCGUGAUGCGCGUUGCCGCCUAGAAGAAAUCUGCCCUACCCUGAUCUUUCUUUUAUUUACCCGACCAUGCUCCUCUUCCGCCCGCGCAACCUGACCUGUUCCAGUUUCUUCAGCACCACAUUCGCCGCUUUAUAGCUCUCAGCAUAUCCCUUAAGCACCUCGUGGAAGAACGGCUCGGUUCUCGGAUGCGAGCUCCCAAACGCUCGUUCCAGCACAUAUAGAUCGACAGCCCGAUCCUCAUCCUGAACACUCUGUCCCGCCAGGCCAAAAUCAAUAAGCACAAUCUCCCCUUCCAGCGACGGUUUGUUAUCCAGAGUAGUAAUAGUCUGUAACUCCGCGUCUUGCCUGAUAGAUGUACUCAAAGGGACGGAGGCGGCGGUGGCAGCGUCGUCGUCCUCUCCUGCCAGCGCAUCGACAGACGCAAUGGGUCUAAGCAUGAGGUUGCUCGUAGUUAAAUCCCCAUGGACAAUACCGGCCUUAUGCAUGGCACCAACGACAAGCCCGAUCCUCCGCAGCAGCGCGCAGAUAUCCUCUUUGCUCUGUUCGAUGAGAUCCGCACUUUUAGCAUCAGCACCACCAGCACCACCAGCAACCUUCCCCUCUUGCGAUUUCAACCAUUUCUCCCACUGGUCAACCGCCUGUCUGACAACAAUGCCCUCCACCCACUCCAUCAAUAACCAUGCGAACCAGCCAGUUUUAUUAUCAUUCUGAUCACUAUCUUUGACAUUCGUAAUGCUUCCCCCCUCAGAAGCAGAAGCACCAAUAUCACCCACACCAACAUCUAGCGCCAGCAAGCCGGGGACAGGAACCUCCUCGCGCGCCAACUUUACCAGACAUCGCGCCUCUUGCAGGAUGCGCUGGCGGGUCAAUCUGCGGUCGAGGAUGGGGUGUCGGUAUGGUUUAGCGGGGCGGAUUUUGAGAGCGGCGGGAGUGGAGGGGGUGAGGAAAUUGGUUCUGUAGAGGCGGCCUUCGGCGCCCUGGGCGAGGAGGGUGGCGGGGGAAUUUGUGAAGGGAGCGGGGAGAGGGGGAGGGGUAUAGGUGUUGGUGUUGGCGGUGCUGGUGGUAGUGGCUGUCGUGCUGGACGACAUUGCGGCGGGCGGUGUGUACGAUGCGGUGGGAGGGAGGAGGAUGUAACGAGGGUAUUGAUAGUACGGGGAUGUAAGAAGUGUGUUUUGGUGUGGAGGAGGGUGUGGAAUGCGGGGAUGGAUGUGGGAGUGUUGCGGAUGUUGUUUGAUUCAAGUGUUUAUUUUCUUCUUUGGGUAAUCAAUCAAUGCUUUAUUCCGGUGGUUAAAUAUUUUAAAUAUUUAGUUAAAGUUAGCUCAUUAUAAUAGUUUAACUAAUUGUUUCAAGGGA